GAUUACGUGAAAUAUCUGUCCCCUGGGAAACAGUUGACUGAUAGUGGACCUACAAUACGAAGCUAUACCUUACAAUGUAAUCAGUGUUCCGGCAUAAACAACUCCAAAGUGAUUCGUUAUAAACCUCUCGUGCGGGGUGACGAAGAAGUUACGCGAAUGGAAUUUGCGCCUUCCUCGCGAUCGCAGCCGGACUAUGGUGAUCCAGCUGCCUGGAUUCAUCGAUCCAAUCAGAGCAAUCCACCGUCUGACUGUGAAAUCACGUGGUUUGCAGUUGUGCACUUGGACGGCAGUGCAAAUUGUUUCAUGCCGGAAACGGGGAACAGCAAUCAUCCAUCUCGUCCGAUUCCCAGUGAAUCGGUUCAAUUGAAUUUACUGUCAUUUGAAACCCUUAUCCCGAUGGACCUGUUGCGGGACUAUUUAAGACAAAUGCGAGAGCACCGUCUGGUGGUGCUGUGUGGUCCAACGGGAACCCGGAAGACAAGAAUUUUGCACAAAGUUGCUGAACUAUUGGUACAGGAGUAA